AGUAGCAGAGCCCUCUCUCUCAAAGACGAAGAAAAAGCAAAAGAUGGAUGUGAAAGGAGCGAUGAACAAGCAAAACGACGUUGCUCUGUUCCUUGCAGGGAAAGUAAUCUCUGCCGUAGCCAAAAACUCUAACUUCGUCUUCUCUCCGGCAUCUAUCAAUUCUGUUCUCACCAUGACCGCUGCUACCACCGACAGCGAAACACUAAGAUCCUUCAUCCUCUCCUUCCUUAGGUCUUCUUCCACUGAAGAACUCAACGCAGUUUUCAGCGAAAUCGCUUCGGUCGUCCUCGUUGACGGAAGCAAAAGAGGUGGGCCAAAAAUUGCGUCGGUUAAUGGAGUGUGGAUAGAGCAAUCACUUUCGUGUAGUCCCGAGUCGAAAGAUCUCUUUGAGAAUUUCUUCAAGGCUACUUACGCUCAAGUUGAUUUCCUACACAAGGCCGAAGAAGUGCGUGAGGAGGUGAACUCUUGGGCUUCACGUCACACCAAUGGUCUCAUCAAAGAACUUCUUCCUUCUGGAUCCGUUACAGAUGAAACCAUACAGAUUUACGGAAACGCAUUGUACUUCAAGGGAGCCUGGAAAAAGAAAUUCGAUAAGUCUAUGACAAAACACAAACCUUUUCACCUUCUCAGUGGAACCACAGUGUCUGUGCCAUUCAUGAGAAGCUAUAAGGACCAGUACAUUAAGGCUUAUGAUGGUUUCAAGGUCCUUAGCCUUGCUUAUCGACAAGGCGAUGAUGAUACCAACCGAAACUUCUCAAUGUAUUUCUAUCUCCCGGACAAGAAAGGUGAACUGGAUAAUCUUUUGGAGAGAAUAACUUCUAUUCCUGGAUUCUUGGAUAAUCACAUUCCAAGAGAAAGAGUUAAAGUUGGUGAAUUCAGAAUCCCAAAGUUUAAGAUCGAUUUCGGGUUUGAAAUUUUAAAAGUUUUCAAUGACUUUGAGCCUAAUGUAGCAUUCUACCAAAAAGCUUUGAUUGAGAUUGAUGAAGAAGGUACUGAAGCUGCAGCCGCUACUGCUCUACGUGCCAUGGGCUGCAAGUAUAUUCCAAAGAUGAUAGAUUUUGUGGCAGAUCAUCCAUUUCUUUUCUUGAUUAGAGAAGACAUUACGGGAACUGUUUUGUUUGCUGGUCAAAUCUUUGAUCCUUCUAAAUCUUCUUCUGCUUAGGACCGGCGUUAACCGGAUCAGAGUUUGAUAUUUUAAUAAGACUUUUUAACUAGGUUAUGAUUUUGCUGAAUUAUGUUUGAGCUUGAUUUAGGGUUUCAUUUUGAUUCUGGUGACUUGGUGAGUUGGGUUUAUAAACCUAGCUUGAUUAC